AUGGCUCCAUCUUCUGCGAUCGUGGCUGCUGGCACUACCGAUAGCAAUCAUCCUGAGUUAAUACGUGGAUCUGUGACCAGUAGAAGACAAUACUGGAACUACGUUUCACAUCCGAUCAAUUUCGCUCUCCAACGCGGCACAUGGAAACACUCCACUUAUGGCCAUCAGAAGGUGGACCGAUUUGUCCUCAAGAUAAAGCACCUCGAUCGAGAUGAGAUUGUGGAAGUGCCUAGAUGGCAAGUGUCCAGUAUUCGGCUCGCCUUCGAGCAGCAUCGGGAUAUUGCUUCAACAUGUGGAAAUUCUUAUCUGGAAUGGUUCGCUCAACUAAUACACUACGGAGUCCGCGUACCGAAAGUCCUCAAACCCGAGAGCCUCGAACUUGUGACAGAGCUGUGCAAGCAUAACCUAGCAAGACGUCUCCGGAGGGAUACGCUGCGAGUGCCAGAUCAGCUGUUGCGACUGGAAAAAAGCCUACGAGAUGCCGUCUUGCUGAAAGAGCUUGGAGAACCUGGCUUACCUCCUGGACAAGGAAGGACAAUCGGACGUUGUGAAAACUCUACAGACGAUGACGGAAACACCCAGUUGAGCAUUACUCAAUCGAUCUUCGCUCCCACCAACGACGUGGCUCAGAUGCUUCUUCAGCAGAUGAAACGUCUCGACGUGAAGUUCGAUGGGCUGGUCGAGGACGUUCGAAAGACAGAUUCAUCCAAACCUAGUCGAGUGAACAGUACGCCUGCUGCGGCCACUCUAAGUGAAAACCAGCGUCGAUUUCAGAGGCUUAUCAACGACGAACCGUCCGCGCCUUCGCCAUUGCCGCUAAUAUGUCAGAGAGCAUUAGAUCUGCCUCCUUGGCGCAGACCCACAACGCUCGCCCACAGCAUUCACGAAGAAGAGGAAAAUGACCAGAGAACGAUGGAUGUAACACCGAAGUCUUCCAGACAGCAAGAUAUCUUCAGCUUGCGUGCCACUGCAUCCCUUGAGCCUGAAGCGCUUCCCUUGAGGACUCGAAUAAAGCCAAGAACUAAGCUUCGAAAGUUUAACACUACCGCCGUCACGCAAAGCACUCAGUCUCUUCUACCUACUCAAGCCACUAGCACAGCCAGCCACCAGAUGAGUUCUGCUCCCCGAAAUUCCGGGACCAACAUGGGGGAUGAUUGUACUUGGCAAGCUGAUGGGCCCAGAACACAGUCGUCCUCUCCCACCAGGCAAGUCGUGCCGCUGCAUACAAUGAAUGAGAACGCAAAGAGCAAGAAGACCAAAGAGACAAAGAAGAGAAAGGAAAGAGAGCAUGAAAUCGAAAGAGCAGAAAGCGGACCUCCCACACGUGUGGCAGAAGCGACAUCGAAUCACCCUACACGAGCUAACCCUACAAAGGUCUUCGAGCAUGCAGCCGCGCAAGAGCUCAAAGACUCCUCUAUCACCGAUACAUCUACCAAGGUCCGCAAAAAGCCUAAUAAGCAGAAAGAGAGAGCGCCUGAGCACACACCAGACAAAACCACAUAUCCUCAAAGUGCCGUCGACUCUUAUGUUGCACAGGACAUUACGCAUGACAGGAUGCCUAUCGUCAACUCGAAUUCCACAAGCCGGCCACAGGUCAAGCACAGAUCAUCGAAGAAGCGGCGUCACGCGGCAAUUGCUGACGACGAUCUGGAAACUCCUACCACCAGCAUCGACGACAGUCAAGCCUCAGAUCGUGCUAGUGCCAACAAGAAACAGAAGAAGGGCAAACAGAAAGCAACUCCAAAUAACGACGACAUUCUGGACACCGGCGCGAUGAUCGAAACCGGCGACCUUCUGCACCAGGUCACCGCAAAACCUGCUUCCCAACUCAGUCACAAAGAUAUAGAUAUGGCUGAUGCUGCUGCUCCUCCUCAAGCAAGCACUCCUCUACCAGCAGUAAGUUUGAUGCCUACCACCCCGAUUCGCAGUGCCCUGAAACCCCCCAACUCACCCUCGAAAUCAAGUGGCAAGUCCGUUAGAUUUGCAGAUCACUUUAACCAUUACCACGUGAUUCCUGCUCGAGAUGUCUUCGAUGACACGACUCUUCGAGACGAACCCGAAGAAGCAUCGAAGAAGAAGUAUCGUACUUUCAGUGAGCUAACCCGUGAAGAACAGGAACUCGAGCUCGACGAGUGGGAAGCCGAAGCGCACGACCUUUGUUCAUAA